AUCACUUUUUACCGGCUCUGUGAUGCAGCCAACCUGCAGCAGCUUGCAGAUGCCAAGAAAAACUAGCACUUAAAACAUGGAAUCGCUUUUAAAAACAGAUUCGUUGUGAGGAUUUCAGCCUCUUUCAGUUAAGUUUUUUCUUCUUCAUGUGUUUAGCUUCUCUGCAGUGUGUCAUAGUUGUGAAGUGAUGUCACUUGAAGAGUGAAUGACUUUUUCUUCUUCAGCUUUUUGUGUGUUGUUGCACUCCGCAAAGAACAUGUUUUGGGAAAGUUACCUGGCCAGUUUGUUUUGGAAAAAUGCUGUAAGUUUGCAAUGAUUUAGAGGCGAUUAUGAGAGAACUGGUCAUUCACUGCAUCUCAAAGUUUUUUGAAUUGGUCACCGGGUUACUGUGGAAACGCUGUUGGAAAUGCCAGCAAGCUUUGGGAAUUGUGUGGCAGUGUCCCCAUCUGCCCUCAUCCUCCUGGCCUCACACAUGAAUGCCUGAGCAGUUUCUCUCUGUACGCACAUACUACGUCUGUAGAUGUAGUUCUUGAGAAGACCAAGACAAAACUCAAGUACACAAACAGACUUGGAGCAUCUUGAUGAAGAUGCUCAAGGAACUUUGGUCAUCCCUGUCCCAGUGGCUUCUGGGAGUAACAGCGUGUGAACAUGACACUGCAGUGCCACCUGACGGGCUAAAGGAACGAAACUUGAAAAAUUCUGCAAAAAUGGAAGGCCUGAGGGAACCAGACACACAGGCAGAUUCAGUCGGUCAAGAGAAGAGCACAGUAUCUCCAAAGAAAACGACGGUGUUGAUCAUAGUAGCGCCUCCUAAGGAUCUUCAGCAGAAAAUCGUCAAGGCUGGAGACAAAGACUUGGAUGGUCAGUUGGACUUUGAGGAGUUUGUGCACUACCUGAGGGACCAUGAGAAGAAGCUGAGGCUGGUCUUCAAGAGCCUUGACAAAAAGAACGAUGGUCGCAUAGAUUCCCAGGAGAUCAUGCAGUCACUAAGAGACCUCGGGGUUCAUAUAUCUGAAGAACAGGCUGAAAAGAUCCUCAAGAGUAUGGAUAAAAACGGUACGAUGACGAUUGAUUGGAAUGAAUGGAGAGAUUACCAUCUGCUUCAUCCUGCUGACAACAUUCCUGAAAUCAUCCUCUACUGGAAACACUCUACGAUAUUUGAUGUUGGGGAAAGUAUGAUGGUCCCGGAUGAGUUUACAGCGGAGGAAAAGAAAAUGGGAAUGUUGUGGCGACACCUGGUAGCCGGAGGUGGAGCUGGUGCAGUGUCCCGUACCUGUACCGCACCCCUGGACCGCCUUAAGGUUCUCAUGCAGGUACAUGCGACACGCAGCAACACCAUGGGCAUCGGUGGAGGAUUCGCCCAAAUGAUCCGUGAGGGUGGACUCCGGUCGCUGUGGCGAGGGAACGGUAUCAACGUUUUGAAGAUCGCACCUGAAUCUGCUAUCAAGUUCAUGGCGUACGAGCAGAUUAAGCGGCUGAUUGGCAGCAAUCAGGAGACGUUGGGAAUCCUGGAGAGGCUGGUUGCUGGGUCUCUCGCAGGAGCUAUUGCUCAGAGCAGCAUCUACCCCAUGGAGGUUUUAAAAACUCGUCUUGCCCUGGGAAGGACGGGUCAGUACUCUGGUAUCACUGACUGUGCUAAACAUAUAUUUAAGAAGGAGGGACUGACAGCCUUCUAUAAAGGUUAUAUUCCCAAUAUGUUGGGAAUCAUCCCUUAUGCUGGAAUAGACCUGGCUGUUUAUGAGACAUUAAAAAACUCGUGGCUGCAGAGGUAUGCUACAGACAGUGCCGAUCCGGGUGUGUUUGUGCUGCUAGCCUGUGGUACAAUGUCUAGUACUUGUGGACAGUUAGCAAGCUACCCAUUAGCCUUAGUGAGGACACGAAUGCAGGCUCAAGCAGCUACUCAGGAAGGCAGCCCACAGAUGACCAUGACUGGUCUCUUCAGACAUAUUGUACGGACAGAGGGCGCUAUUGGACUCUACAGAGGCUUGGCACCCAACUUUAUGAAGGUCAUUCCUGCAGUUAGCAUCAGCUAUGUGGUGUAUGAGAACCUAAAGAUCACCCUUGGCGUCCAGUCCCGGUGAGGAGAACCCAAAGACUGUUCAAAUCCUCAAUGGCUUUUGUUUUUCCUCUCAACUUUUCUUUUGGACUACUGAAAGAGAUCGUCCAGGAUGGCCAGCUUGCACUCGAGAAGAAGUGUAGCAACAGUGGGCCAAGACAGAGCUUGCAUGAGUGGAAGGUUGGAUUUCAUUCAGUGAAUGGAAGAGUUACUGGAAUAUAUGAGACCAGAGACAUGCAUAGAAAAUACAAUCCUAGCUGUAAGUAAAAUGUGAUCAUCUGUAUUGGAUCCAGACGCUUCCUUAUUCCACUCCCUAGGUCAUGGGGUUGCAUUUGCUAUAUUUUAGUAGGGACCAAUCAUAUGCAAGACAUUUAGAAAAACUACUUUGUAGAAAGGAAGGGGCAAACACCUGAUGGAUUCAAAAAGCCAGAUUUACUAAAGCAUUUAGUGUAUGCAAAGAACAUAACACUUCAUCCAUUAAUGAACUCAUUUAAACUGCACGACUGAAAUGUAAUGCGCUAAAGGCUUUAGUAGAUACAAUGCUAAUAAUCCUGGUGUAGUCCCUUCAGAUCACUGUAUCUUCAUUCCACUGGAUGCCAGUGUUCAGUAAUAAAGAGCUGACACAAAUUUGUUACAAGAUCACCCACAUACUUGCAUAUCCCUGGCAUUAUUUACUGCUUGUAUUAUUAUACAAUUUAUUCCCUUGUAUUAUUACUUUAAUUGACAUGCCAGUCUUGGAAGGGAUAAUGUGUAACAAGGGAAAUAUUUAAAAUAUAUGUCUUAAUCAUCAAAUUGUUAAGGACUUUUCAUUGUUAAUUUAUUUUAAUUUCUUUAUGUUGGAUAUUUAUUUCAUUUCAAUUGAAGGUUACUAUAAAAAAGACAUUCUAAAAUGAAAAACUCUAUGUAUGUGCACACACUCCCCAUGGUGACUGGCAGCUAAUUAAGCGUUAUGUAAACGUUUCUAAAAUAAAUCUGUGUGUGGAUCCAGUGUAAAAUGACCUGGGUUUGAGAAUUCAGCACCAGUUUUAAUGUAGUGGGUUGAGUUCUGUGUCUAGAUAGACACUGUAAGGUCUUCAGUUGAAGAAAGCAGUGCUACAAAUUGAUUUGGUUUUACAUUCAAACAAUUCUUGUUCGUAAAUUGAUCCGUUAUCUGCAGUGUACAGUUUAUCGCCAGUAUUAGGAUUUGAAUCAUGACUAUAACACUCUGAUUUAAACUCUAGUCGAGGGACAUAUUGAAGCACUUGAGUUUAAUACUUCUAAACCAGACUUGAAUUUAUUAGAGGUUUUCUAAUGGAAUGAUAGUGUUGAGUAAUUGAAGUGGUUGUGAUUUAAGCAAAUAUUAUUUUUCAGCAUUUAUGUUUAAUAUUUGUAUCAGGUUGUGGGCAAAAAGGUUUUUGUUAAGGAAACACUAAAAAGGUACAAUAUAAGUUAGGAUCUCUGUUGAUAAAAAUGUAUUUGACUCUACUGUGCAGCAGUAGGCAAGUCUCUUGUAUAUUUGCAUAUGACAUAUUUCAUGAUUGGCACCCUCGUGUGCAUUUUGACUGACAAGGAGAAAAUAAGUUGUUCUUAUAGCUAUUGCAUGUGAAGUCCUAAACCCACCGGGUCAAUGGGUUGUUGCCCUUUGUGAUUCUACAAUACUGUAGUGUUCAUAUAGUUGCCUUAUUUAUGAGUUAAAAAAAGCUGCUUUUAGAGUUUUUUUGGGGGGGAUGCAGGGUGUUAAAGUCAGACUGAAGUAUUUCAUUUAUAUAUUCAGGCAGAAUUCAGUGGUCUCAGAUACUCCUGUACAGAUUAGACUCCUGAAACUCUUCUCCAUAGAGAUCUGGAGCAGAUAUCUGCAUGUUUGUAACUUGUAUGGAGUGUUUGUGCAGGCCUAGGAUCAGUUGGUCUUUCUCAAGCCUCAUGAAAAUGACUUAGAUCAGUGAAAAACAGCAAAUUCCCUUUGAAUCAAUUCAGUCUUUGUAAGGCAUGUAUGUUUGUCUUGUCUGAAUAUGCACACAUUGCUCUUUAGAGUCUUUACAGGGCUUUUUUAAAGCUGUAUUGCCUGCCUCGUAAUGGAUGCAGCUUCUUUAGUUUUUUUUGCAUUUUGCACCUUUUUUUUCACUGUUUAUCACAGGAGAAAUCUUUGGACUCCUUUGGAUGUGUGAGCUCGAUGCAUUGGAGUGGUUGUCCUGAGACUAAAGGCUUUAGGUUGUGUGUGUUUGUGGCGUUCAACACAAUCGAGGAAUGCCGCCCUUUGAGACUACCUGUAAUCUAUUGCCUUACUGUUCAGCUGUUUGCUAGUGAGUGUAACUGCACCACGUUCGCCACAUGUAUAUCAACAUGUGCUGUUGCUGGGGUCCCCUGAGUACCAGAAACAUACACACUAAUGAAAUAUCAAAAUAUUUGUACUGGACAAUAUAUCUAUAUGUGAUGACACAUCUGUGAAGGUUUGAGAUGUGCAAAUCAAUGUUUAUGGGACAAAAAUUAAAAAUCUAUGUCCUCUAGAAUGCAGAAACUGAAUAUAGAGCAGAAAUAUUUAUGUUUGUAAAAUAACUUAAAUAAAGUCAUUCUUCAUUAUGUUCAUUGAA